ACACGUUGCCACAGUCCCCUUAACACUCACUUGGCCACUACUCCUACCCUCUCGCUCUCUCUCUCUCUCUCUCUCUCUCUCACAGCUAAAUGCACUCACUCUUUUGCCCAUUUUCUAAGUCUCCUUCAAUCUUCUGAAAAUCUCAUCCACAACUUCAUCCUCUUCUUCUUCUUCUGCUUGUUAUCUUUACAUACAUUUUUCAGGAUCUAUCGAAAACGUUCCAUCUCUUUCAAACAAUGGAAAGAAGAAGCCAUGUAUUAACAAGAGUGUAUCCGAUGUCCCUCCUAGUCCUGCUGAUCUUGAUGAUGAUGUCUAUGCAGGCAAUGCCAAGCCCAACUGCAGCCACCUCGUCCAAGUACCAGAUCGAAUGCACAAUGUGCUCCGCAUGUGAGAAUCCUUGCAACCAAGUUCCCUCACCCCCACCACCCUCCCCGCCUCCCCCAUCCCCCACCACUUCCAACUGCCCACCUCCGCCAUCCCCACCCAGCUCUGGCGGCUCCUACAACUACUACUCUCCACCCCCACCAUCUCAGCCCACCAACACUUACCACUCCCCACCGCCACCCGUCAUUGGUGGCACUUUCUAUCCUCCGCCAAAUAAUUAUAACAAAAACUACCCGACACCGCCGCCACCUAAUCCAAUUGUUCCGUACUUUCCAUUCUACUACUACAACCCCCCUCCUGCAUAUGUUGGCAAGUCUAUCAAGUUGACGGGUUCUUUGGUUUAUACGAUCAUUACUGUUGGGGUUUCGUUUUUCAUUUCCUUGUUUUGACGGUAAAGAAAAAAGGGUAGAAUAAUGAGGCAGGUUGGCAGAUCUAGGAACUUUGCAGGUGAGAGAAACAAAGGGUCUGAUCUUCAAACUUCAAAGAAGCAAAGAAAUAGGGUGUUGGGUCUUUGGCUGUUGCUUCAGUGUUGACGAAAGUUCCAUUCUUUCACACUGCAUCAAGAGGAGAUCGAACCAUGGUUUCCGUGCACUGGGACCUAAAAACCAGGGAUUCUGACUCAUUUCAAGUACUCCCUCUCACCCUCUUUCUUUCUAUUUCUCUCUGUCUAGCUGGGGACGUGGUCUGUAAUUUGUUGACAAUUUGUACCAAUUUUUAUUUCCGUUCAAUACAAAAUAUUUUAUGCAAA